AUGCUCCGUGUCAAACUGUCGACAAUCGGGAUAUUUUCAGACCAAUCUGCAGCGUAUGCUGAUCGUACGAUUGUAACGACAGCUUUAAAAGAAUCUGAGGACCUGACCAAAAAGGUAGUCAUAGUCGCAGAAGAUACAGAUGUUGCCGUACUACUCACCGCACUCUGCCCAGCUGACAGAGAAAUAUUUUUACGGAAACCUGCAAGGGCCAAUAAACCUGAAGCAGUAUACUCUUCGCGGAGCUUGUCGCAUAUGCCAGUAGUUGAGGAUAAUAUUUUGUUGCUCCAUGCAAUAACAGGGUGCAAUACCGUUUCAGGAACGUAUUACCAGGGAAAGACAAAUUUUUUCAAGACCUUCCAGAACUUCCCAGACCUUGGAGAUCAUGCUGCGAAGUUCAAGAAAGCUGGUUUGUCCAGCGAAAUAAUUUUUGAGAACGGGGCGCAGCUAAUCCUGGCAAUGUACAGUGCUCCAAUGUUAUUCAGGAAACCAAAUAUUCCUGACAAGCUAAAAUGGGACCAGUUACUCCAAACGUACAGGUGCGAAAUGUACAGGAGAACCGCUGCGACGGGGAGAGUAAAUUUGGCCAAUAUUCUCCCUACAGUAGACGCCAUUCAACAACAUCUAAAAAGGGUCUAUUUUCAAGUACAACAAUGGCUGCACGGAUACCAGCUGACCAUGGACCCAACAAAAUGGGGGUGGAGAAAGGAAGGCCACAAACUAGUGCCUGUACAGAUGGAAGAAAAACCUGCGCCCAAGAAUAUUAUGGAACUAAUAUGCUGUGUAUUCAAAGGAGAUUGUAAUCUGAACACCUGUAGAUGCAGGAAGCAUGGCCUACCUUGCAAUAUUGCCUGUAAAAUUUGUUCAACUUGCCUUAACACUGAAAGAUAUUCAGAUGAAAACGUUACUGUGCCAGAGACAGAGGCCUCAGAUGAGGGAGAUAUUCCCCGUAUGAAUACAUCAGUCGAUAAAAAUGACCAGACACAUUUGAGUUAUUAA